AUGACUGCAGAUAAAGAGAUAAACCCCAAAGCAUAUCCCCUUGCCUCUCCAGAGCUAACUAAUACUAUCUUAGAUACAGUGCAGCAAGCUUGCAGCUAUAAGCAGCUUAAGAAGGGUGCUAAUGAAGCAACAAAAGGUUUAAGCAGAGGGCUGGCGGAGUUGGUUGUGCUGGCAGCAGAUGCAGAGCCGCUAGAGAUUCUGCUGCACCUUCCCUUAGUUUGCGAAGACAAAAACGUUCCUUAUGUCUUUGUGGAGUCUAAGGUGGCCUUAGGAAGGGCUUGCGGUGUCUCUCGGCCUGUCAUCGCUUGCUGCAUAACCAGCAAAGACGGCAGCGCACUCAACCCCCAAAUAGCAGAGCUGAAGAACAGCAUAGAAGCUAUGCUUAUCUAA